GAACAAAAAUAAACUUAUUAAUAAAAAUUAAGAUGGAAGUAUUUUGAUGCUGGAGGGUGAUAUGAAUGUUUAUUAUACCUUGACUACAAUUGCACGUAUUGCUACAGUGGCAUGAGAAAGAAGCUUGAAUUGACGUCCCCAUCACUCCCACCGCUAGAUGCUCCUAUCGUCAAACUAGGGGUUGAUUGUCUUCAGACAACAUGUCCAGGCUGUCCUAAGUCUUUGCUUCAAGGAGAGGAUGAUCAUCUCCAGAAAGCUGCUUCACAUGUCAUUUGUGAAUGGGCAACAGGGAUUGCCAACAAGACCUUCGCCAACAGCCUGCAGCUGGCCCAGCAUCUCACGAAUAACAAGUUAGUCACCAAGAGCUCCAAGUCCAUCCUCAUUGUCCAGAAGCACAUGGGUGAAGUUCCUAGGCCUGAUCUAACUCCAGAGAUGCGACACCGAGAGACGAACUACCACUUGAAGCAGACGUUGCAGUAUCGACGAGAAAUCCGCAAAAAGCAGGCAGAGGAGAACCAACAUAGGCUGCAUUCAAGUCCAGUCAGCAGCAAACACCUUACUGCUGAGGACAACCUCUCCUUACAAGUAAUGCGCACUGACAAGGCUACACAACUAGAACAGAGAGAUGUGCCGGCUUUUAGUGAAAGUUCAGUUGGAAACUCUAUAACAUUGUCGGAGAGUGGUGAGAGCAGUACUAACCCAGAGAAUCAUUUGUCUUCAAGUAAUGCUUCUGUUGGAGAAGGUACCAAUGUUGCAUCCAAAGAAAGCCCAAGCAAGAGACGUUUUGCUCCAAUACAACCAAAGACGCCGGUUAGAGACACUGGUGCACCAAUGGUACUAAUAAGUCCAUCAGCCAAGAAUGUAAAUGGACAACCGAUGCAACUAGUUGUCAUGAACAGACAGAAAGUCAUUCCAGUGCAGGGUAUAUCAAAACUUACAAGUCCUCAGCAAAUGAAUGUGAUAUUGCAGCCUGGACAGAAUGUAUUUCAGAGUCCAGUCCAGUCUGUAUCAGCAAUGGGUAAUCAAACACCAGUUAAUGUUGUAAACAGUCCAGUAGUAGGCAAUACUGUCCUCAGUAGUCCAGUCAUACCAGCAAAUAGUAUUCAGAGUGCCAUCAAGAGUGGACAAUAUGUUCUUGUAGGAAACACACUUAAACAGUUGCGGAGUGGUCUUCAGACUGUCACUAAUACAAGUGCUGCAAUAAGACAGAAUCAGGGACAGCCUGUUGCUUGCCAGAAGACUGGCCUGUCAUCUCAGGGAAUCACAUAUAAACACGGGUACUAG